UCGUUGACAGUUCAGAAUGCGCGAUGGUGCGCACGCCCGGAACUCUCCCACUAAUAAAAUACAAGCAAAGAUUGAAUGGCUCGACGCGGGGACGCGGGGAACGCGUUAACGCGUAGUGGUAGUACAUACGUGCUUGCGAGUAAGAGAAGAAGAGAAUAAAUUGUGUGCUCGAAUAUACGCGGUGUAGAGUCAGUUCGAUUGUUAUAAUAUCGGAGGAAGCAUAUUAUAACAGAGAGAAUGGGGUGGUGCGCGGAGUCCCUGAACUGGUUGACGCGGCCCCGAGCGGACCAAGAUGGCGAGUAGUUUGUUGCUAGUUGUGUACACGGCGUGACUCGCGAUUACUCGAUUCUAUUUCUAUCUCGCUCUCGCUCAUUCGUUCUCGUCGUUGCACGGCUCUACACGGACGGCCCUUCUUUCCCAUGCACUAUACCGUCAAUAUUUUAUAUAUUUCCUUUAUAAUACAUCCUUUGAUCGGGAGAUUAGCGCAGUUUUUUGUGUGCGCGCGCGUGCUAAAAUAACAAGUUUUAUAAUCAUGUGCCCGCGCAAAAUCCGGCGAAUCUUACCAACGACCGUGCAAACCUUGGUCGUUCGGCCCAAACGUUUCAACUUUUGAAGAAAAAUUAAAAAAAACACUGCGAUGGUCUCGGAUUUAAUAGUACAUAACUGGCGAGUACUCAACGAGGAUAUCAUGGAAAAAAAGUGACCGUUGAGAAUAUUUUCCCCCGUUCAAUAUCGAAUCUCGUUUUUUCGAGUUUUUCGCGAGACGCGAUCGUUUCGAUUCGUGUGUGUUUUUAUUUUCACUCAAGUGUAACGGUGCGGUGCUGUUUGAGAUUGUUAUUGUUAUUGUUGUUGUUGUUGUUGUUGUUGCUGUUGCUGCUGCUGCUGCUGCUACUCUUGGAAAGGUUUAUAGAACAUCGAGGGUAUAACGACGCGAUUGUUGAGGAGAGGCGAAAGUAAACAAAGGAGAAAUGAGCGGCCCGACUACGUCGGGAAGCGUCCUCGCCGAGCCGAUCGUUCUUGUUCCACCCGAGAACGAUUUCGAAUCCAUAAUCGAGGAGAAAAAUCGUCUCAUCGGACGUCAAUACGCUGAGAUCGAGAGACUACAGCGCGAACUCACGGAAGUUAUCGGUGAACGCGAUGCUCUCAUGUGCGAAGUGUCAAAAUUCAAGUUCGAACUGGAAAUAACGGACCUCAAACGGCUUCACGAUGACACCAGUUUCCCAGCACAAAAAAUGGAGAGACAAACGCACAACAGUCCGUGCCUCGGGCAAAAUCACGGUGGGAGCUCACACGGGGUUUAUUCUUCGGGGAGUCAAACGUCACUGUCCACAUCCUACAUCACCGGACAGUCUUACAUGCAGGGACAAAAUUACGUUCACGGAGUUUACCCUAGUUCGAACGUUCAAGUUUAUCAGUACGCGAGCGGCGCUUACAAUCAGCCUCAAAGCUACGGUAGCAUGGUCCAAGGCUACGGUGGACAGGCGCAAUCGGUUUAUCAGCAAUCGCAUCACAAAAAAGGGACCAUCAGAAACGGCGAUGUUCUAAAACGUUGCAGACUGCAAGCCGCCAGGUACGAAUUGUCGCAAGAUCUUCUGGACAAGCAGAUUGAGAUGCUGGAGCGAAAAUACGGCGGUGUCAAAGCGAGAAACGCCGCAUUGACGAUACAACGAGCAUUUCGGAGAUACACGUUAUUGAAGAAAUUCGCGGCGAUAACGGCAAUGGCCAAGGCGGAAAAGAGGCUCAGUCGAAAUGUUCAAGAGAGCGCUGGCGCUGGAGGAGAACGUCCCGGUGGCAAUAUGGCGGAACACGAUAGGAUUAUUUAUCACAACCAAAUAUACAUACAGCAACAGCCCACCCAAUCGAUAAACAAUCGGCCGAUGCCCAUAAGAAGUAUGUCGCUGAGAGAACGAAGACACGGUGAAAAUUUGCAAUCACCAAUGCCGAGAAGCCAAAGCGGUAGAUGCGAAAUUCAAAUGCUGGCUGCUCAUCAAGUCAAUCAAAUGGUUCAUCAACAUCCGGCAUAUAAUUUGCAUCAGGCAACGGCGACGGCGACGGCGACCCCGAGGCACGCGCCAUCGAUGACGCCUAGUCCGUGCGGACGACAUCAACCACCGGCGAGUCCGUGCUGGGACUCGAGCUCCCAAGAAAGUGGCUCCAGCAUUCAUUAUUACAAUCCUCAGGAGAGUCUGUGCGGCCUGAGACAAGAGACAACACCGCCGCGGGACCUUCAUCGGACACCGUGUACGUCACCCUCGACACCCCACAAUUUACAAACACCGUUGGCACACGCGUGGACGCAUACGUCGACACAGUUGAGCGGUUCAUCGGUCGCAGGUAGAUCCCGUAGUUCGGGCAAAAAAGUACCCCCCGAAGUUCCCAAGAGAACCUCGUCGAUAACAUCACGAUCGAUGGAACAACAACGGCACAACGGCUUGAGCAAAAGCGUUGAAAACGGAAGUCUAAGCUCGGUACAGAGUUCCGGUAGCGAUUCGACCAAUUGCGAGAGUUCCGAAGGCGAUCCGCAGAGAGGAUCACCAAUAUGGAAACACAAAGGAAUAUCUAGUUCACCGGAGCAUCAGGAUUGUGUUCACGUCGCCGACAACAAUAGCCUCAUAAGUAGCGGCAAAGAGCUCGGUCAUUCGCACGCUAGUUCGGGCUAUCAACUUCCCAUGAUGGAUCACACGGAAGUAUUGCCCCAGGCGAGCUACAAAGUAUCGGAAACCGUUAGAAAACGACAGUACCGAGUCGGUUUGAAUUUGUUCAACAAAAAGCCGGAAAGGGGUAUUACUUAUCUCAUACGUCGUGGGUUCCUCGAGAACAGUCCCCAGGGGGUUGCCCGUUUUUUGAUCAGCAGAAAAGGACUUUCCAAGCAAAUGAUUGGAGAAUACCUUGGCAAUUUGCAAAAUUCUUUCAACAUGGCUGUACUCGAAUGUUUUUCUCAAGAGCUCGAUCUAGCGGGUAUGCAAGUAGACGUUGCCCUGCGAAAGUUUCAAGCGUACUUCCGAAUGCCGGGUGAGGCUCAAAAAAUCGAAAGACUAAUGGAAAUAUUCAGUCAACGUUAUUGCAACUGUAAUCACGACGUUGUAUCGAGGCUACGAUCACCGGACACCGUCUUUGUCCUUGCAUUCGCAAUAAUAAUGUUAAACACCGAUCUUCACACACCGAAUUUAAAACCGGAAAGGCGCAUGAGACUGGACGAUUUCAUUAAAAAUUUGCGCGGUAUCGAUGACUGCGGUGACAUAGAUCGUGACAUAUUGAUUGGUAUAUACGAGAGAGUAAAAGCGAACGAGUUCAAACCGGGCUCCGAUCACGUCACUCAAGUGAUGAAAGUUCAAGUAACGAUCGUCGGCAAAAAACCAAAUAUGGCUUUGCCCCACAGACGUUUGGUUUGUUACUGUAGACUCUACGAGAUUCCAGACAUCCACAAGAAGGAGAGACCGGGUGUACAUCAGCGCGAAGUAUUUCUCUUCAAUGAUCUUCUCGUCGUUACUAAGAUCUUGAGCAAGAAGAAAAGCAGCGUUACCUAUACCUUCAGACAGAGUUUCCCACUCUGUGGUAUGGUCGUCACACUUUUCGAAGUGCCCCAUUAUCCUUAUGGAAUAAGAUUAUCGCAGCGCGUUGAUGGAAAAGUACUAGUCACGUUCAACGCUCGAAACGAGCACGAUCGUUGCAAAUUUGCCGAAGAUCUUCGAGAGUCGAUAAGCGAAAUGGAUGAAAUGGAAACCCUGAGAAUCGAGACCGAGCUCGAACGGCAAAAGAGCAGUCGCGGAGCUCGUGGAAGCGCAGAAAAUCGUGACUCCGGAGUCGCCGAUGUUGAGGUUUGCCCUUGUCCAGGUCCUUGCUCCGCCGAUCGUUCCGAAGUCGCUGAUCUCGACACUCAACUCAAACGAUCAGCGCUCAGCAAUUCUCUUCUCGAUAUUCACGAGCAGUUCGCCGGAGAGAAGCCACAACGACGCGGCAGCGUUGGUUCACUGGAUAGCGGUAUGUCAAUUUCAUUUCAAUCUACUUCCGCCAGCUCGAUGAGCCAAGGCGUUAAGCAUCCUGGACAAGUUCAUCCGGUUCAUCCAGGUGCAACGAUUCCUGGUGGGAGUAAAGGUCUGGCUCAGCAGCCGUCUUUUUUAGGGAAUCUCUUCGCCAAGCGCGAACGUAAGCUGUCACAAACGGAGGAUACGGGCCCGUAUAGCCGCACCACCGAAGUCUAACUUGGCUGCGAUUAAAUCCUGACGCACAGUCUUCAUUGUCAAAUAAUCGCGAUGCGAGAUCGCCGGGCGCUCGCUCUCUCUCUCUCUCUCCCCCUCCCUGUCUGUCCCUAUUAGGAUCUAUUAAGAUCUCCAAAAGAAAUUUAAAGGAGAUAUUGGCACGACGUUUACGUAUUCGGGUUACGAAUCAUGUUUCAUCAAAAGUGUGGAGAUGUAAGUUAUUUUGCUGUAGUAUAUUAUUAUUAUUAUUAUUAUUAUUAUUAUUAUUAUUAUUAUUAUUAUUAUUAUUAUUAUUAUAUACAUGUACAUUGAGAGGGGAAGGAAAAACAAAAAAUCAUGGGAAAAAUUACAUUUAUUACUCACAGAGAGCGCAAUUUUUCUCACGCUCAUUACGCUAAAAAGUCACAGCGGCACGAUAAAACCAGGCUCGUGCAUGCUCGGAUAAAAAAACGAAAAACAAAAUUAUUGAUACGUACGAAAUAUUGAGAAAAAAAAGAAAAAGAAAGAAUAUAAUUGUCGUCCGAUUGGGCAGGAUCCGAUCGCACGUGCUCCGUAAAUUGACCGAUUUAUAUUAAUUUAAAAAAUCUAUUUCGCAUCACACGUGUAUAGCAUUUCUUGGCCUAACUUUUUGGUGUGGUACUCAGUACUUUGUUACUUUUCUCUUUUCUUUCGCGCAUACAUGUAAUUUAUUAUUAUACGCGUACGAACGAGAGUAAAAACUGGAGCGGUACCGAGCAUAUAAUCGCGAGAUAGUUUGAUAAACGGGAGAAAUACAAACGCGGUAUAAUAUGAUUAUUCUCAAUGUUCAUUUACGUAAUGAAGAAUAAAGACCGAGUUCUGUACUGUAUAUAACGAUAAUAUACGUAACGAGUUAAAAGAGAGAAAUAAUAAUAACAAUAUUUAAAAAUAAAAAAGCAACAUCACUAACGAUAAAAAUGCAUUAAUGAUAAAAAAAUCACUGCACGAAAAUGACUCGUUGUAAGUUGUGUAAUAUAUAAUUUAAGUCAAAAACUAAACAAUCCCAAUUGUCAAUGUUAGAUGCAUGUUGAUGUUGAUAAAUCAAACACCUCGUCCCUUUUUUUUUUUUUUUUUUUUCCAUACACUCCAUACAGCGGAUGUGCACUAUAAUUAAUAUCAACGCACUAAACUAUAUAAAAAUAUUGAAAAAUGAAAAAAAAAAACGAUAACCAAAACUACGGCCUAGUGAGGGAAAUUAGGGAAAAUUUGAAAUCACAUCUUCCUGCGUUAUGAGAUUGAGGGUCUUCGAAUGAGGGAUAAAUGUAUGUAUGAAUUCGUAUGGAAGCUCACCGAAGAUGUUCACGUUGAAUUUUCUCCUUUCCUCAUCCUUCGUUCUACUCCUCACCCCUCUACGGAAUUGUAAUAAUAGACUAAUCAUGUAAAUAAUUAUUAAGAAUAUUUGUAAUACGAGAAACAUUGUUCGAGCGAGAUAUAGCGAAGAGCGAACGAUAAUAAUGCGAUUCAUUGAAUGAUAGCCCAAACAUAGCGAUGUAGAAUAUACAUGGAAAGCCCAGAAACCGUCAUAUUCGUGUAUUUAAGAGUGCGGUGAGACUCGUGCCUACGUUUUUUUUUUUCUAUACUCGGCGUCGAGACCCUACCGCAUCUUCUGAUUGAAGUAAAAAACGCAGCUCGUAUCAAGUGGGGAAAAAAAAAGAAAAAUGCGACUCAGAUUUACUAAACGAUCGGUCGAAUUAUACAGUCGCGUACGUUUCGCUGAUAUGUAUCAUUUUUUUUCUACCAAAUCCCAAUCGUUAUUUCCCGUAAAUUCUAGUCUGUCUUGUCAAUACAGUCUCUUUUUGUAGGUAACGUUGAACAAAUAAACAUUUGUGAAGUGAAUUUCACGUGUCUCCCUCUCGCUCCCUCGCUCUUUGUUUUUUCUCUUUCUCGAUCGUGUCGUUUAAAACAGCAGAAACAUUAAUGCCCGUUUUCUCCGACGUUAAUCUGAGUUUAAACUCGGUUCAUCCUAUCUCGAAACUAUAUGAAAAAAAUUAAACGGAGUUUGCACUGCGUCGGAAAAAACGGCCAUAAGGAAAACCUGUUACAAGUUCUUACCGAAACUCGGCAAAGAAAAAAAAACAAAUUUCUACUUUCAUCUACAUCUCAAUAGUGUUGCAAUUAUCAUGAAAUUGGAAGUGCGAGUACAUAAAAAAAAAAAUGUCUACGGGAUCGAUUUUAGACAAAACUGAUAAGAGGCUACGAUAUCGUAAUAUCAUUUUAUUAUUCAAAUAUAAACCUCGUCAAGUCCUUGAUAUAUGGAAGAAAAAAGUCCAAGAGACAGUAAUCUGGUGAUAAUAUACAUAGCAUAAUAAGAAUAAUUCAUCGAGUAAUCGCAUUCUCGAAACGAAUGUUAAUAAAUGAACUCUGAAAUUAAAA